UCCUCUAGAGUUUAUAUAUUUCACUGAGUGUAAUUGCACCUGUCUGUCUGAACUGUAAACCUGGCGGACAAACAAAGCAGCAGCAGCAGCAAAAUUAUGAAACGAAAGACUAUGCACAUGAUUUGUACAGUGUACAGCUGGAAAAAAGCAGAAUUUAUAUUCGGUUUUGGUCAUUUUGGCAAUUUCACAGUUAUUAGGUUGUUAUAAUUUUGCUACUGUUUACCUCAGUUUAUUCUUACUUUCUUUUGGUCUCGUCUCAGGGCUGUCAGAUGGCCGGAAGGAGCUGAGGUAGUAGACGGUUGGCUUCUCAUUGCAGGUUCUCGUUUGCAUUUCAAUUGGCUUUCCAGCAGCAGGAGACUACACCACGCGCACAGGGGCUCCACCGACCCUACACGCCCAGCCCUGCGAUGCUCCUACCUGGUAAAGGUUUGGAAAAAUCCCCGAUUGGUUCCCCAUGACGGUAUACUUUAAGAAUGGUGCAGAAAUCCCGCAACGGCGGUGUUUACCCGGGUCCAGCUGCGGAGAAAAAGCUCAAAGUCGGCUUUGUUGGGCUAGAAGCUGGGGCUACAGACUCGAACAGAGAUGGGGCGCUUCUUAUAGCGGGUUCCGAGGCAACAAAGCGAGGCAGCAUACUAAGCAAACCGAGAUCUAGCAUCUCCGGGAAAGGGAAACCUCCGAAGAGAAAUGCGUUUUAUAGAAGAUUGCAGAAUUUCCUCUACAAUGUACUGGAAAGACCGAGAGGAUGGGCGUUUAUAUAUCACGCUUACGUAUUCCUGCUGGUCUUCUCCUGUCUUGUCCUCUCUGUAUUUUCCACCAUAAGAGAGUAUGAGAAGAGUUCAGAGGAUGCCUUGUAUAUACUGGAAAUCGUGACCAUCGUGGUGUUCGGCGUGGAGUACAUCGUGAGGAUCUGGGCGGCCGGGUGCUGCUGCCGCUACCGAGGGUGGAGGGGGCGGCUGAAGUUUGCCCGCAAACCCUUCUGCGUAAUCGACAUCAUGGUGUUGAUAGCGUCCAUCUCGGUGCUGGCGGCCGGUACCCAGGGGAACGUCUUCGCCACCUCCGCCAUCCGCAGUUUGCGCUUCCUGCAGAUCCUGCGGAUGAUCCGGAUGGACAGGCGAGGCGGCACUUGGAAACUCCUGGGAUCAGUGGUCUACGCGCACAGCAAGGAGCUGAUCACUGCCUGGUACAUCGGAUUCCUGUGCCUCAUCCUGGCAUCUUUCCUGGUGUAUUUGGCUGAAAAAGAGGACAACACCCAGUUUGAAACCUAUGCGGACGCACUGUGGUGGGGACUUAUAACUCUGACUACCAUUGGCUAUGGCGAUAAGUACCCAAUCACCUGGAAUGGACGACUCCUUGCCGCGACCUUUACUCUGAUUGGUGUGUCUUUCUUUGCACUUCCAGCGGGUAUCUUGGGAUCAGGGUUUGCCCUGAAGGUCCAGGAGCAACACAGGCAAAAGCAUUUUGAGAAGCGGAGGAACCCUGCCGCAGGACUGAUCCAGGCCGCAUGGAGGUUUUAUGCCACUAACCUGACACGGACAGACCUGCAGUCCACAUGGGAUUAUUAUGAGCGGACAGUGUCUGUCCCUAUGUACAGACUUAUUCCUCCUCUGAACCAGCUUGACCUCUUGCGGAAUCUGAAGAGCAAGUCUGGACUGUCGUUCAGGAAGGAUGCUCAGCCAGAACCCUCCCCCAGUCAGAAGGUGAGCCUGAAGGAGAGGGUGUUCUCCAGCCCCAGGAGCUCGGGGAACAAGGGGAAGGGCUCGCCGCAGGGCCAGGGCAUACGCAGGUCCCCCAGCGCGGACAACAGCAUCGAGGACAGCCCCAGCAAGGUGCCCAAGAGCUGGAGCUUCGGGGACCGCAGCCGGGCCCGGCAGGCCUUCCGCAUCAAGGGGGCCGCUUCCCGCCAAAACUCGGAAGUGCUGAUUGAGAUGCAGGAUGAAGAAUUCAGGCAGAAGAGCUCUCCAGAACGAGAGCCGUACACGCCAGUGGGCUGCUGCUCCUGCACUUUAACCUGCAUGAAGGACGCUGACCAGUCUCUCAAGGGUCAAGGGUCAAGUCUGUUCACCUGCCAGCCACAGCGGGCCUCCUCGACCCAGAACUACAGACCACACACACAGCUCCUGGGCGGGAGACUAGUGGCCGCCUUGCUGUCAGCUUGGUUCCUGAAACACAGGCGGAUGGGGAAGAGCCCUGCCAGCCCACCCUCGUCGUCCGCCUGCUCUACGCUGAGUCGCUUUGUCCGUUGUGUUCUGAGCCACUGCGGAAGACAUGUCAGACAUAAGAGCUGCCACUGUGAGUUUGUCCCGCAGGACUUAACCCCGGACCUAAGUUCAUCAGGCCGUGUGAAUCUUAAUGCUGGACUAACUCAAUGCCUGUUUCAAAUGCUUCUCUCCACCAGCAUCAUGAGGUUCAUGGUCUCAAAGAGAAAGUUCAAGGAGAGCCUGAGGCCGUACGAUGUGAUGGACGUCAUAGAGCAGUAUUCAGCGGGACACCUGGACAUGUUGGCGCGGAUUAAAAACCUGCAGUCCAGGAUAGAUAUCAUUGUGGGUCCCCCUCCCCUCUCCACUCCCCGCCAUAAGAAGUAUGGUACCAAGGGACCCAAAGAGUCACCCCAAUACUCUCCUAGAGUUGACCAGAUUGUUGGUAGAGGCACUCCAAUGACAGAUAAGGACCGCCCCAAAAGCACCACAGAAGGAGAGCUACAGGAGGACCCCAGCAUGAUGGGACGUCUGGGGAAAGUGGAGAAACAGGUGAUGUCUAUGGAGAGGAAGCUCGACUUCCUGGUGAACAUCUACGUGCAGCGCAUGGGCAUCCCGCAGUCGGAGACCGACGCCUACUUCAGCUCCAAGGAGCCUGACCCGGCGCCCCCCUAUCACAGCCCCGUGGACAGCCGGGAGCACAUGGAGAAGAGCGGCUCCAUCACCAAGAUCAUCCGCUCCAACAGCGCGGCCGGCCAGAAGAACUUCGACCCCCCGCCCGCGUCCUGCUCCGCCGCCGGCCCCCCGCAGGGCCAGUGCCCCCCCUCCACCUCCUGGCAGCAGCACUCGGUCGGUGAAUUCCACCAGCGCAGCCAGCGCACGUCGCCCGUGGGCGACCCCUCCCUGGUCCGCAUCCCGCCCCCGCCCGCCAACGACCGCUCCUCCAACGGGAGCGGGCGGGGCGGCGGUCACCACCACCCCCGCGGCGAGGACGGGAAGCAGCAGCAGCAGCAGCAGGAGGUGAGCGCGGGGGCAGGGUCAGGGGCGGGGGCGGGGGCAGGGUCAGGGGCGGGGGCGGGGGCCGGAGCAGACAGCGACACCUCCAUCUCCAUCCCCUCCGUGGACCACGAGGAGCUGGAGCGUUCCUUCAGCGGGUUCAGCAUCUCCCAGUCCAAGGAGAACCUGGACUUCCUCAACAACAGCUACUUCGGGGGCGUGGCCCGAUGCGCCAAGGUCCGGCCGUACAUCGCCGAGGGCGAGUCCGACACCGACUCGGACCUCUGCGCCCCCUCCCCCCACUCCGCCACCGGAGAGGGCGCCUACGGGGACCGCGGCUGGUCGGGCCCAAAGUAGGAGGGACACAAAACGGACCGCGCGGUCCAAAACGGGCCGAGGAAACCCUGCCAGGAAGUGGGAGGGUACCGAGCCUCAUGUGGCUUCCUUUGAGUGACACCUGUGGUGACGCCCCUCUUCUUCUUCUGAAAGUAAUAAAGGUCUGUCGGUUUUUUUUUUUGCUAUGGAGAAUGUUUAGGAUUGACUUGAGAGCGUGUAUGUUUUCCACUCACACGUACACACAUUCAUUUUUUUUUACCACUCAAGAAUUGUGCCGUCAUCACCAGGGACAUGUGAAUGUAAUUCUUGACAAUACUGUGCCGAUACAGGUCUCACAUUUUACACUGAAUACUGGGUGUAUGAAGUGACAGUGAGCUCUGUCAGAGAUUGUGUCAUCACUGUUUAUUUGCUAUAUACUAUUCAACUGUGCAAUGUAACAAAUAUCCUAAAGACAGAGUAAUACAUAUAGCAUCCACAAGUGCACACUUACUUGAUCAUGGUUCAUCAGUUGUACAUCACAACUGUUCUCUUGGUUUUCAAUCAGCAGUGUCACGCCAUUUUUUCUUGACAUGUCAAAGGUGACAUGACAUAACGAGUAAGCGUUUGGGUUGAAUUUAUUAUUUUGGAGAGGUUUUUGUUUUUUUUUGUUUUUUUUUGUUCUUCAAAAAAUAAUUUACAAUAAUAAGAUUGUAAAUUUGCUGUCCCGUCAAGAUACCUGACUUGCGUCAAGUGAAUCGCAUGGCUAGGAUGUCCUAGCUGUGCGAUGUGUGAACGUGGUGACAAAAAACUACUACAGCUGGGCAAAGAGGUGUCAAUAUGGGAUGACGAAAAACAUUUUAAGCAAUGCAGGGCCCUUUAAUGCCACUUUACAUACUGUAUAAUAGGUGUAAUCAAGUAUGGGAUGCUUUACUCUAUAUGAUCUAAGAAAAAUGGGUCACUCUUUACGGGCCUAUUUAUAUUGUUAGAAAACAUUUUGGGGACAUGAGUAGACUACUCUUUCUUUUCCUGUAAAUAUCAGUAUGUCAAAACUGAAAAUAUCAGUCAUUGAAAAUUUGAGCAUACUAUAAGUGCAUUUUUUUAUUUCAAAUGGUUAAAAUGUAGGUUUAUUACAUAUUUAUUAUAGUAUGUGCUCAUUAUCAGUUUUAACACUAUUAGACAAUACCCAUGUUAAAAGAAGAGGUAGUGAUGUAUUUAUUAGUGGUUUUUUCACAAUAUAUAGGCCCUUAAAAUAAGGACAAGAAAUGUAUAUAAAAUAUUACAUAUGAUUACAUAUGACUUUGAAUUCAAACAAUGUACAUUUUUCUGACUGAUGCACACAUGUUGAUUCAAAGGGUAAAGUGGAAUGGAAAUUAUUUAUUCAUUAAUUUAUUUAUUUUAUUUAUUGUUUAAUAUCCCUACUUGAUCAAAUUACUUUGCAUGACACAACAAGCCAUUUGUUUCAACGAAUAAAACAAGGGCAAUAGUUUAGUAAGAAAAACAACAAAAAAACGAAACAAAAACAAUCUAUUUUACCUCAAACUUUUUAUAGAUAGAAUAUAUUUAGAUAAGUGAUGGAGGUGUACUCCAGCUUUGUUUCAGCUCUGAAUAAAUUUGACAAAUUUAUUUUAUGCCCGUUAAUUUCAGUUGUAGUCCUCCAUAUGAGCUCUAUAACGUGAAAUAUUAUAUAUAAGGUUACCGUUUGUAUCCAUCUGCAGAACAAUAUAAAAGUAUGUGUACCGACAAAAUGUGUACACAAGAUUUGUUUAUAAACAUGUCCAUGGAUAUAAUUUUAUAUGAAAAUCCAGGACUCCACAAGGAGGUAACAACUUAAAUGCAAAAAAUCACAUAUAUUAAAUAUUAGUAUAACAUCUUCCUGUACACAGUGUGCAUGCUUAACACAUUUAAAAUAUGUAUGUAUAUUUCCUCACUGAACUCUCAUCUGCAUUUACAAAGCAUUUCCUUUACACUCACACUUGUUAAGCUGUUAGUACUUUCCCAUACUGUAUCUGGCUGGGGGGGUUGAAAUCCAGUUGAGUUACAGUGUGGGAUUUUUAAAAAAUGUGAAUUCAGAAAAUAGGGGUAAAAAAACAAGGCAUUCAAUGGAGAGAAGGAAUGUCACAGCCCAAUGAUUUUUCAGAAAUGCACUGACCCCCCGAAUAUGCAUAUCAAGUGAUUUUUUCCUGCUUUCUCAUCUAAAAUGAAAAAGUUUGCACCUAAAAUUCAUGAAUCUACAAAGCCCUUAAUUACAGUAAUCUUUGGUUCAGUUGAAGAAGAAAAAAAAAUGCCUGCAAACCGUCUUGUCGUUGCAUUUAAUGUAUUUAUUUUAUUUUAUUUAUCGCAGUGCUUUUUCACUGGUUUUGUCACAGUGCUACAUAAAAUUCACCUGGUAAAAAGGCUGAAUCUAUAACUAUGGAAGUUUCACCAAUGUGGAUUUCCAAGCACAUCCAUCCGCAUGUUCUAUACCCAGCACAGUUCACCGAGACCCACACAAGUACACAUAACGUAGAUCAGAUGAUACACCGAGUCCUCACUGGAAGGCCUUACAUGGCACCUAAUUAAUGACAACACCAGAGAUUUUUUGUCUGUUUUCUAUGAAAUAAGUGCUAUAAAUUUGAGAACACACCAACGAAAUUCACAGGUAUUAUGGUGCACAUCUUUCAACCUCUAGCAUGUGACCACAAGUACUCAUUUGGCUCUCCACUGCCAUCACAAGGUAGUCUGUAAUCUGCUUCUUUGUUUGCUUCUGUUUUAAUGUGCUGUUACUCUCACUGUAAGCCCCUGUGAAUUUUCACUGUGUCCUCAAAAAUUCAGCCUGGCGUUAGCUAUAGUGAACUUUGUAAUGAUAAAACUGACAAUCUGACAGAUAAUAAUGCACAUUCCUCUGUGAAGUCAUCGUUUUGCUUAUUGUAGGUGCAACUUGCUUUAAAAAUGAACUCUAAUAAUAAGACGAGCUGUGAAAAAUGCUGAAAAUCCUGGACCUCUACUUACCUGUAAAGGGGGAAGUAUUUGUUUCAUUGUUUUUGUAUCACCACACUACUUAAAAAAAAAAAAUUUCUUCCACUCUUGGAAGUAAGGCAACUAUCAAUGUGUAUUAGCAGAAACCCCCCAAAAAUUCAAACAUUAACUUAGUUCAGAUAUUACUCAUUACAAGCAGAUAUCAAUGACCUUUUUUUUCUUUUCUUUUUUCUUUUUCUUCACAGCUGCCUUGCUUGCAAAUUUCUUUGCUUUCAUGUAUUUUUUUCCAAAGAAAUAUAUCUUGCAGAUGCCUUGGAUGAAAGUCUUUUAAAAAGUAUUGUAUUUGUUUAUGUUGUACACAGCUGUCAUGCCAGACACAAACCAUGCUUGUGAAUGUAGAUCUCAAUGGCUUAUACCAUCGCACUUAAGCUACCAUGUUUCAAAAUGAGAAUGUUUCUCCUGUGACAGCUUGCACUGCGCAAUGCCAGUUCAGCUCUUGGAUGUGGUGCAGCGUGUUUGAAUGACAGGGCGGGAGAGAUCAAAGAGUGGGGUGAAGCCAGGUGACGGGUCACCUAAGGUUCAGCAUGUCACCAUUCCUGCAAGCCUUACCUUUAUGACACACAGCGUGGCACUCAGUGUUGCACUUACAUUACACAAUGUAUUAUUUAUUUCACUUUUUAUGGUAGGCAAUAAAUAGGCAAUUUUUUAAAAAAUAAUAAAAUGUAAUAAAAUAUUAUUUCACAUCAUGCCGGGUAAUGUACAAGAGGCUUUCCCAUCAAGUUGUUGUUCAAUGUUCGAAUUUGGUUACUGGUUACUUUUUUUAUUCUGAUCAUUAUUUUAAUAGAUACAUGUUCAUUUUAAAUAAAUGCUUGCCAGCAUGUUUUCAACCGCUGAAUGCCAUGAAUAUAGCUUUUAAUCAUUAUGUAGCAUCCCUGUGAAGUAGGACACUAAAAUCCAUGGACACAUGGGAAAUGUAUAAUAAACUUUGUACAUCGUA